AUGCCUUCGUUGUGGGACAUGAAUUCGGAAGAUUACCACGACAAAGAUUUAAAAAAGAUAAACUACCAAAGGCUGCUCGAAAAAUACCAUCAAAUGGAUCCAACGGCAACCAUGAAAGAAAUGAAACGGAAAAUAAACACAUUGAGAUCCAACUACAGACGGGAAUUGAGACGUUUGGAAAACUGCUCCAGAAAGGAAAGGGAAACGCAAUUGUAUUAUUUUGAAGCUAUAGAUUUUCUCCGCCACUGUGAUAGUUUUCAGCAACAACAGCCACGACAAAAAAGAAUGAAAAUCUGUAGAAUUGAUCAAGAUCCUACAUACUUAGAGGAAGAAACGGAAAUAAAAUCUUCUCUUAGCGACCAGCACGAGCACGAUGAUGCCCUGGAGGAAGAACCAUUUGACUUUGAAACAACAAAUGAUACAUCUGCGGAUUGUAAGGGAAAUGAUUUAUAUAAGGAACCCCAUGUAGAUUUCGAAAGCAAUGACUUGUAUAACGAGCAAUCGGUAGAUAUGAAUCGAAACGAUUUUAAUAGGAAACCAGAUGAAAUUGAUCGACUUGGCCAAUUGUGGGUGGCUAAAUUUCGUAAAAUGAAUGGAACACAACAACUUUGGGCGGAGAAAUUUAUUAACGAAAUUCUAUUGGAAGGACAGUUGGGCAAUUUACAUCGUCAUAGUAUGCAAAUCGUGGAAUCCCCUGCAAACACAACAUCAUAUAGUGAUAGAGGACAAAAAAGAAACAAUAUGUUAUAA